AUGACGCCAAGCGGAGAAGAUCCCCUGCCACCCUCAGACCGAAAUACAAAGUCACAACGCCUCACCGACCAUCUGACAGCACGACUUGCAUCCAGUCUUCAUGUUAGCUCGUCGGCAGAAAGCAGCCAUUAUGCCACCCCGACAAACCAGACAGGACUUGAAGGCUCUCGCGGAUUUCAUCGAAUUCAACUAGAGAAUGGAGAACCAGCUACCCCUGGAUCAUUUGAUGCUGGUCUCAGUCACGGCAGUCACCAACCGCAACUGCAGCAAUCGCAAUAUCAGCAACAAUAUCAACACCAGCAGCCAUUCCACCAACGCAUCUCUUCCGAUGCUGCUCCAUCGGAGCCGCGCAAGUACAGAAAGGCAGUCAGAAAUCGCUCCAACUCAACAACGCCAGUCAGCAGCCACCCACCCAGCCCCGGGCCCUUCUUUCAACCGAACGGAGAUGACAUAUUCUCGUCCAAUUCACCAGCUUCAAGCCCCUUUCCUGGAUCAUCCCUUGCAGGAAUGGCUUACGAGUCAUUCGCACGGAACACUACUUCAUCUAACAUAUUUCCUGACCCCAGGCGAGCCGGAAGAGCUAGCGGACUACUGAUGAGACGCGAAAGUCGGUCAAACCAGCAACUUUUACGUGGCCCUGCACACCAUCAUCUCGCCAUGGCUACUCGACUGGCCCUAAUGCACAGGAUUGUUUCUACGACAAAAUCUGCGCCGGCACAGAUGAAGGACAAGGAUGAGUGGAUCAUGGAGCAGACAUCCAAGCGAGGGUUCCAAGACCGUCAGGCAUUCGAGGCAGAGUUGGCGAAGCACUCACACGUGCUAGCGGAAGCCCUCAUGUCCUUUAGUGACGUUUUCCAGCAGGCAGUACGGCAUUCAUUCAGCCAACAGCAGGAAUUCUCAAUCUACAACACCAUCCAGAGAACGAUCGACGCCAUUCUCGAGAACGCUCAAUGGCUCUGCGGACCAGAGUUCGAGAUGGGAAUCAACAGGAUAUGCUCCGAGUGGCCAACGCACGAGAGGUCGGCCGAGAAGUUCGUGCAUUACGUCCAAGUGGUUGAGAGCAUGCGAGAAACACUCUCUGGUCGUUUCCAGCACCCAGAGGACUUGGCGGAGGAUCUGACGAGGUCCCAGGAGGUGAUCGACUAUCAGCGGACGCUCUUUGGAGAGACCCUCAGGAAUCAUGGACUGGAGUGGCGAGUUCUGGGGUUGCCUCCCAUGGAGGACCUUAUUCAAGGCACACAGGACUGGAUAUUGAACAUGGCCAAGACACUGACGGUCAAGAUCCGAGCAGAGGUCAGCCUUAGUCUGGAAAAUACUAGCGGGCACCGAUCGGCAACGGAUUCUCCGGGGAUGGAUAUGAUGGAUGACGAGGACGGAAUAGCUAUGGUGGGUCGGCCGUUGGCUGAUGUCAUGGACUUGGUGAUUCAGGGCGCAUUGUUGACGGAGUCGUGUUUGGGACUGGCAGGAAAGCAGUGUCCCAUGCUAGUGACAUCUUGGAUGGAGCUAGCAAGCCAAUACUGUUCCUAUGCUCUUGCGAAACGGAGAGAGCUUGUUCUCAAGGCAUGCAAGUCAUCCGCGUCAGCUUCAGCCAAGAGACUUGCAGGUUUAGGACACCUAUUUCCAAGCAUGCAACAAAGCACGGACUUGGCAGACGUUCAGAGGCAGCACCAUCCUUCAGGAGUGAGCCGAGGUGUAUUCUUGAAGACGAUGGAGCUCUUUGAGAAUUUCAGUCGGCUGUUGCAAUGUGUCAUGGAGAUGAGGGAGGAGGAACAGAAUCGAGGAGAAGGCCUCGGGAUCGAGGGAGAGAUGUUUGACGAUGACGAUUCGAGCGUUUUUCAUGGCGCCAGCGCAGCUUCGAGUGAUCAGGAUGAUUCCAUGGAUAUUGGAGCUCCGACGUCGACAACCUCACACCCCUUCGAUCAGCAUUUUGACCAAUACCAUCAACCUCAUCAGCCGGCGUCUCACCAACGUCCUCCCCGAGGCGGCCUUCACCAACUACAGCGAAUGCCUAUAGACCCAUUAUCACUUCAGCGGUGGGCAGCCAAGGAGUCUCUCGCGGCAGUACUGGUCGAGACUGGUCUUGAUCUCUGUGAAUCCAUGGCGGAGACGCUGGGAAGUGGACACGCUCCGACAGCGUUCAGUCCAUCCCUGGCAAUCCCGACACCAACGCUGCCUUCGGGGAUGUCGGGCGGCUUUGGCUUCGGAUCCAACUUUUCCCCGGCUUUUGGGACGUCAAGGGCAAGUCCGAGCCCUGGUGCUUCGUCCGCGUCGAGUGGUACUUCUGCAUUGUCGCAAGGGCCAGCUCCAUUAUUCUCUUCUAUGAGCUCGUCAGCGCGAGCAGCUGCAGCCAUCACGUCAUUGACAACUUUUGCAGGCGGUGGAGCCAUGGCGUCUGGAACAGGCGGUAUCGGGUUGAUCUAUGUGCAGUUUGUGGUGCGUCUUCUGAGCAAGAUUAUUGAAUUUGCAGGACAGGACCUUCAUCAGGAGCAACGUCUUGUCCGAAUCCACUCCAGCGUCCAGAACCUCGAACUCGCACUCUCAGCGUCAUAA